AACGCGUAAACCUUACUGUACAAGAAUAUCAGUUCAUUACUACAUUGUACAAGCGCAUGACUUGUGACUAUGUUUUAAUUGUUUUGUCGUCAUAGUUAAGUUUAAUAGAGUUGUUUGAAGUUUAGUCUGAACUGUUGACUUCUAGUCACUAUAGCUUACUAUAAAUCUGUAACUUACAACGUUGAACUCAACAUUUGGUAAUCGGUACAAACGCUGUCGCGCAUUUGCCGCCGCAAAUUCGCUGAACCUAUCGAAAUUUGUGCACUACAUUUUUGAUAUUUCAGUAAUUAACCCUCGUUGACUUGAGUAGGCCACGCGAUCCUAGAAAUCGUUUUCGACGUCGUCAUACUCGUAUGAAACAACCUUAACAAAAUUGUCUUGAGUACUCGCUCUCAAUUGUGUGUGCUGUGGUUUAUGUGGUCGAAUCCAUCAUCAACAAACAUGGCUUAUGGGAACCAAUGGAUGAAUCCUGCUUUAUAUAAGAAUAUGAACAAUGAACAAGUGGAUUGGGCAAGUUUAGCUCAACAAUGGAUCAAAAUGAAAGAAACUCCACCUCCGAUGCUACAUGGACAACAAGAUAGAAUUCCGACUUCUGAACACACUUUACCCAGUCAACAUGUAGAACCUCAGAAUCCUUCAAAUACAGCAGCAGGAACAAAUAUAACUCUUAAUGAUCAUACUAUUGCCAAUCCUGUUGCACGAAAUAAAAUUGAAAAGCCUAGUGCUUGGAAUACAUGGACUUGGCAGCAACAACAACAAUGGAAUUGGAAUUGGGCAUCUUCUUCAACAUCUGUACCUACUAAAACACCUAUUGUAGAGUCAAUUAAUCCACUUAGACCCCCUUUUAUUAUGCCUCCUAUAUUAUCUGAACCACCCCCACCUUACCCAAUGAUGACACCAAACAAAUCAUAUCCACCCAAUAAUUAUUGGGUAGGGCCCAAUACUAGAGUGCCGCCGCCUACUGAACCAGAUCAAUGGAAUAAACUUAAUGUGAUUACUAAUGUGGAUGAUAGAACUCAAGAUCCAUCGUUUAUUGAUGCUGCUAAACGAAAGCAAUUACCUGCUUGGAUUCGAGAGGGACUAGAAAAAAUGGAAAGAGAAAAACGAAGAAAAAUUGAACAAGAACAAUCUUUUAGUGAAUCUGAUUAUUCUAGUUUCACAAAUGAAAAUGUUACACAGGAAUUGCCCAAUUCACCUUUGAAUUUAGACCACGAAACUCAAAUGAUUGAUGACGAUGUUGAACCAGCGUCUAUUGAUUAUGUCAAUGAUAAUGAACCUAGAAAAACUGAGUCUGUGAAGAAUGACCUUUCUCCUCUCAAUCCACGUAAGACUAAAGCUCAAAUCUGGGAAGAUACGAUGUUAAGUCUACGAAAAAUUCUAACAAAAUUAUUAAUGGAUGUUACUAAUGAUAUGAUGUUAAAUAUAGUCAAAGAUGUGCUGAAAUCUACUUUACAAACAGAUAAUCAAGUGAAUCGAAAUCAAACAUCAUUAGCUGGUAAUUUGGGUCUUGGAGUUUAUGGUUCAGAAUCUGGGUCAUCUGAUGAAAGUGAUGAAGAACAGCUUAUUUCAGGUCAUAAACAAUUAAAACAGGAUUCUGAUGAAGCUAUUCAAGAAAGAAUAUUAAAACGCCAACGUGAGUUCAGUUAUAUUGAAGCAAGAAUCCUUAUAGAAUUGGAUCAACUAGAAGACCGGGAAAAACUUGUGAGAUCCAAAUUUGAUAAUAGUAUCAAACUCGGUGAAGAGAUUAAUGAUAAUAGUAGUCAGGUAGUGGAAAACAUUCAGAAAAAAGAACAUACUGAGGAUGAAGGACCUAGCCAAAAGAUGGUCAAGGGACAUGAUAAAAUUAAAAAAGAAUUAUCAAAUGAUUUGAAUAUUAAAAAUGGACAAAAAAAAAAAAAAUCUAAAUCAAAAAGAUCAUCAAGUUCUAGUUCAUCAAGCAGUAGUAGUGUUAGUAAGAAAAGUGAUAAUACUGACUAUAAAUACAGAAAUAAGACAAAUGAUAAAAGUAAAUCAAAAUCUUCGAAUAAAACUAAUGCAGAUAGUGUAAAGAGAAAACGAAGAUCGCGUUCUAGAAAUAGAAGUAGAUCACAUUCAAUGUCAAAGAGUAGUAGGUUGCAUUCAAGAUAUAGGAGUAGGUCACAUUCAAGAAACUAUGAUAGAAGAUCUCCGCAUAAUUAUAAAUCAAGAAGAAGUCGAUCGCCACCAUCACAUAAUUCCAGAAAGCACAAAAGCAAACGAAAUAGUUCUUCUAGUUCAAAUGAAUCAAGAAGUAAAAAACACCGUUACAGACGAUAAUUUUCUGGUUGAAAUAUAAUUUUAAGAGGUUAAAAAUUAUUUUUUUAUUAAUACUGACUCAUUAAAUUAAUUACAUUUUAGCUUUAU